UUAAUCAUGUGUCUUCCAAUUAGUUGUUUGAAAUGCAUUGUUGAAAUUGAGGCUAUCCUCAUAUUGAUUGCAGGGCUGGGUAGCUUUGGCUUUACGAUAUACUUGUAGAUCGAAUUUAACUUAGAAAAAUAAGAUGAUGUAAAUAUUAGACUGAUUUCAAGUAAACUCAUAUAGGGGAGGGAGGAAUGAUUGGUUUUUGGGUUAUUUCUUCCUCGAUGAUUCUUAACGGGAUAAUAGGAAUUUUAGGAGGAAAGACAAAAAGCGCUUGUCUUCUAUUAAUAUUCAAUUUGAUUAAUAUUGCAUUAUUUCUCGGAUUUGUAGCUCUUAUGAUUUUUGGAUAUGUGUGGGCUACAGAAAUAAAAAAUUUAAAUAUUAAUACUUAUUGUUCAAAUAAUCCUUCUUUAUAAAAUACUUGGAAUUUAGGGCAGAACCUUUUAUGUUCAGCUUAAUGUUAAUGCUAUAUAGAGGACCCAACUAAGCUUCCACCAUCUUAUUUUAAUUACACAACAGAGUCUUCAGCAUCAUCAGUAUAAAAAUAGUUAAUUAAAUAGGCAAAAAGAGUUUAAGAAUGCUAAGCAUAUGAUGGCUGGAAUCAAACUCAGGUAGAUUAAGCUCAAUUCUUUAGAAGUCUUGAAAAACAAUACGAUUGCUCAGGUUGGUGCACUCCAUUUUCUUUAUAAAUAUUUUACGACAUCAAUAGCAAUUUUGAUUAAAGUGUAAAUAAUUCUCUCUAUUUUAGAAUGAUCAAUGCUUACUUUCAUCUCAAUAAUAAUUAUAAGAUACUUGCAAACUCAUAGGCGAUAUUUCAGCCGGAGCGGUUGCAUUAAUGGGACUAAUGGUUAUAUUUACUUUUUGUCUCUGCUGUCAUCCAACCAAAAAGGAUUAGGAUUAUUAUUAAAAAUUAGCUUAUUAUGAUUCAUGAUAUAUU